GAUCACAGAGCUCAGCGUUCAUAUGGAUUGUCCUGGCUGUAAGGCCAAGAUUCAGAAAGCUCUUCAGAAACUAGAUGGAGUGAACAACAUCGACAUAGACAUGGAGAUGCAGAAGGUGACGGUGAUGGGAUAUGCCGACCAAGAAACGGUUCUUAAAGCAGUGAGAAGGACCGGAAGAAGGGCCGAGCUAUGGCCGUACGGUUACAGUCCAGAGUACACCAGUUUCAGUUUCACCCAGGAAUCCUACUACUACCAGCAGCAGCCGGCUUAUCUCUUGGAGACGCAGCCAUCAGCGCCUUAUGGCAUUCAAUAUCAUAAUCUCGAUGGCGAUGAUCAGCAGCAGCAGCGGCGCGGCUACAGGGCUUCUAAUAGUUACUACGACGACGAAGAUAGUUACUACCGCGAUUAUCAUCAACGGCGGGUCGUUUAUUCCGCCGUUAAACAGCCGGCCAUUGCCAUGUUUAGCGACGAAAAUCCGCAUGCUUGCUCUAUAAUGUGA